GAAACUAAAGCGACGACAUGAAGAUCCAUCUCAUAUUUGUUAUAGUCUUCUUGGUUUUGGGGAAAACAUUUGCAGAUGAAUGCCUAACCUGCGACUGGAAAAGUAAUAUCCACUGUGGAAAAGUUGCUGAUGGCUCGUGUGUGUUUACUGCUCUGAAUCGAUGCCAAGUUGAAAGAGUUUCAUGCCGUCGAGAACAAAAAAAGCUGAAACCUUUCACCGAAAUUGUUAAAGGAAAGUGCCCAAAGGACAAAGAGAAGUGCGCCAAGAUGUAAAAUAAAAUCAUGGUUCAUUUCAUC